AUGAUCGACGUAAAGUCCGAUGGGAGAUACUUCCCGGCGGAUAAGAGGAUGGACCCAGGAUACGCAGCAGCAUAUGUGUGGUGGAAAAGCAGAGAGGGAUAUGAAUCAUACGAUGAAGGAGAACAGGAACCUGGUGCCUUUGAUGAAAUAGAACCUAUCUCGAUAUCAAUGAUGAUAUUGUCAAUCACGAUGAAAUGA